AAGAAUGGAGAGAUUAGCAGUUGGUUGUAUUGCGUUUGCAGUGUUGGUAAUGGUGGUUGGUGGGUUGGGAGAAGAAGAGUGGGGAGUGGUGAGAGUUGGAGGGAAGGUUCUAUGUCAGGACUGCACCCAAGGUUGGAACGAGUGGGUGCAUGGAGCCAAACCUAUCAAAGGCAGCAAGGUGGCAGUAACAUGCAUGGAUGAACAAAAGAGAACAGUUUAUUAUGCAAGCGAUGAGACUGAUGAACAGGGAGAGUUUGAGAUCCCAUUGAAGAAAGAGUAUGUGAAAGGGAAGAGCUUGAGCACCGUCGGGUGUCUUGUUCGGCUGGUUUCAUCCCCCGACCCACUCUGCAACGUUCCAACGGACUUCGGCAGAGGCCACUCUGGGGUGACCCUCGAGUGGCCAUCCAUUGUUUACAAGGACCUUAUCAAGCACAUUGUUGGCCCUUUCUACUUCACCUCUUCCAUGUGUGAGGAGCCUGAUACCCAAGAGGAACAUGAUCAAGGAACUAACUAUUAAGGACUCUGCAAUAGUUUGGCAUGUCAAAGAAACAUUUGUAACUUUCGUGUAUCUUUUGUUUUCCUUUCCCUUGUUCAUUUAUUUGUGCUACUUCAUUUUGUGGCCUUCCUUGAUUGAUAAUUGCUUGUAUCCUCUUACUAUAACUAAUAAGACUACCAUAAGAGUA